GUUAAUUGAUGGGUCCAGUGGUUCAAUCAAUCCGUCAUUAAACCAGGACUAACAAGUGCGAUCGUCGCUUCUUAUUGCCAGACUGAUAUGCGGCCAGCCAUGACAGCCAGCCAAGGACGAUAACUGCAUCUGCAUCAACACCCAGCGAUCAUUUGUGGGCCCGAGAAACAAUGACAAUAAUGAUGGGAACACCUUUGCUCGAUAUCUCAUGACAGAAGCUGCAAACACCCACAUCCGCACGCCAUUGUUGAACGCACCGCCCACACAAGGUGUCCAGGGUGCUGGGAUAGGGACUACUACGACACUUGGAUACGCCAUCCGCUUCAAAAGCAAGCGUCGGCUAACACGGCCUGCAGCAACCCUGGAUGGUAGGGACGGAUCAUAUAAGUGGAUGCAAGGUUAGCGAGCUACAAUGGUGUUGGGAGGAACCUCUAUACAAUUGGUCCAAUGCACGUAAGCGGAGGAACAGGGGUGUGAGACUGAGAACCAGUCGAGUUGGCCGUGUCCAUUGAUGCCUGGC